AAUUAUAUGGAAAAUUUGAUUUUCCUUUUGUGAAUGGGAAAUGUGAAAAGACAAUAAAGUGAUUUAUAGAAUAAAAGGCCAAAAAAGUAUUUCUCAAGUACUUGUUAAUUAUGAUUCAAGUGGUUGCAAAUCCAAAUGAAGGCUAUAUUCAUAUUGAAACGAACGCUAAAUACCCGUCACCGUAACGAACAUAACGUAUAUAUUAUUCAUAAUUAAUGAUAUAAUCAAUUAACUAUGGGAAAAACCACUACGAGAUUCGAAAUAUAAAUUUGAAGUUUAAAGAUUGAAUUUGAAGUUUUGUGAUUUUAAAAAUUCCAAUAGAAGAAAAUUUAAUAGAGAUAGAUAGAUAACAAAUCGAAUUCGAAUGGUUGAUGAAGGCCGAAGUUCAUGCUAUAUUAAAAAAACUACGUGAACUAUUAAUUGAAUGCGCCAUCCGUUUUCCCGUACCAUUGUAUGAUAACGAAGGUAAACGCACUGAAAAAUAUCAUUUGGUCGCAUCACAAGAUCAACUUAAAUGUUCGGUAACAUUAACGGGUGAUAGUAUUACACAAGCGGAUAUUAGUUACAAAAUCAAGCGUACAUCAAAUCAAAUUCAACGUACGUGCAUUACGUCCGAUGCCCCCUGGAAAUUACAACAAGUACAAGAUGCGGCUAAUCACUUGCAACAGGCGAAAAAUCAUAUCGAUAAUAUUGAUGAGAAUUAUAAUUUUCGGUCAGCAGAAGAAGUCUUGCAAAUUAUUGGAGAGCUUGUCGCGGCUCUGCAACGAGGGCGUUCCAGCCUUUUAAUACCGAAGAAACGGUCAAUAGAAGAACUUAUGAAAGGCAGGAAUAUGAAAUCUCUUUCCCCCAAUUUACCAGAUGAUCAGGCAAUAUCGUUCUUUUUGCAAUGCCAUAAGCUUGUCAUAGCAGUCUAUCAAUUGCUGAAUGUUCAAGGAACAGUCAAAAUGGAAGCGACACAAGCUGAAUGUUCGGUAGGUUGGCUAAAUGAAGUCUUAGUACUAUUCACUGUCGCCCUGACACUCUGCCAGCAAUUAAAGGAUAAAAUUAAUGCAUUUAAAACAGAUGUUCUAAGUUAGUAGAUUAGAAAUAAAUAUGUAUAAAGCGUGGUUUGUGGUUUUUUUUUUUUUGUUGUGGUUUUGUUGAAUUGUUUAU